GGACUUGCUCACAUCAACAACCUUCUGCUUUCUUGGGAACCAAGAAAAUGAAAAUUUGUCUCCACAUUUACAAACGCAAUCCUUGAGGUCAGGGCACUGACAGAAAGGAUGUUCAAACAUCUUCGGAAAUGGUUUGUCACUCACAUUUUUGGGCAUUCUCAGCGACGAACAAGGCUGGUCUCCAAAGAUGGAAGGUGCAACAUAGAGUUUGGCAAUGUGGAUGCACAGUCAAGGUUUAUAUUCUUUGUGGACAUCUGGACAACUGUACUUGACCUCAAAUGGAGAUACAAAAUGACUGUGUUCAUCACAGCCUUCUUGGGAAGUUGGUUCCUCUUUGGUCUCCUGUGGUACGUGGUAGCCUACAUUCAUAAAGACCUUCCAGAGUUCUUUCCACCUGACAAUCAUACUCCUUGUGUGGAGAACAUCAAUGGCAUGACCUCAGCUUUUUUGUUUUCUCUGGAAACUCAAGUGACCAUAGGCUACGGAUUCAGGUUUGUAACGGAACAAUGUACCACAGCCAUUUUUCUCCUUAUCUUCCAGUCUAUUCUUGGAGUGAUCAUUAACUCUUUUAUGUGUGGUGCCAUCUUAGCCAAGAUCUCUAGACCCAAAAAACGUGCCAAGACCAUUACAUUCAGCAAGAAUGCAGUGAUCAGCAAGCGUGGUGGGAAGCUCUGCCUCCUAAUCCGAGUGGCUAAUCUCAGGAAGAGCCUCCUGAUUGGAAGUCACAUAUAUGGCAAACUUCUGAAAACCACAAUCACUCCUGAGGGAGAGACCAUCAUUUUGGAUCAGACCAAUAUCAACUUUGUAGUCGAUGCUGGCAAUGAAAAUUUGUUCUUCAUCUCUCCACUGACAAUCUACCAUAUCAUUGACCACAACAGCCCCUUCUUCCACAUGGCAGCAGAAACACUUUCCCAGCAGGACUUUGAAUUGGUGGUCUUUUUAGAUGGUACAGUGGAAUCCACCAGUGCUACUUGCCAAGUCCGCACAUCGUAUGUCCCAGAGGAGGUGCUUUGGGGUUACCGUUUUGUUCCCAUAGUAUCCAAAACCAAGGAAGGGAAAUAUCGAGUGGAUUUUCAUAAUUUUAGCAAGACGGUGGAAGUGGAGACCCCUCACUGUGCCAUGUGCCUUUAUAAUGAGAAAGAUGCCAGAACCAGGAUGAAGAGAGGUUAUGACAACCCCAACUUUAUCUUUUCAGAAGUUGAUGAAACAGAUGACACCAAAAUGUAGCAGUGGCUUUCCAACAUGAGAGAAGUCUUCCAAGAACCUGAUGGCUAGACAUGUUAUGAAGCAACCAACAGUUUGGGGUGUGAAAGCAGGAUGUGAACCCCAUGACUGUGACCCUACAAGACUCA